ACUCUGCCUGCUGUCUGAAGUAGGUCUGCCUGGCACAGAUCUGUCCGUGGAUCAACAGCACCAGCACCAUGCCGAUGACAUUGGGUUACUGGGACAUCCGCGGGCUAACCCAUGCCAUCCGCCUGCUCCUGGAAUACACAGACACCAGCUAUGAGGAGAAGAGAUACACCAUGGGGGACGCUCCAGACUUUGACACAAGCCAGUGGCUGAAUGAGAAAUUCAAGCUGGGCCUGGACUUUCCCAAUCUGCCCUACCUAAUUGAUGGAACUCACAAGCUCACCCAGAGCAAUGCCAUCCUGCGCUACAUUGCCCGCAAGCACAACCUGUGUGGGGAGACAGAAGAAGAAAGGAUUCGCAUGGACAUUUUGGAGAACCAGGUUAUGGACUUUCGUAUACAACUUGGCAUGGUCUGCUACAGCCCUGAUUUUGAGAAAAAGAAGCCAGAGUUCUUGGAGGGCCUCCCUGACAAGAUGAAGCUCUUCUCACAGUUCCUGGGGGAGCAGCCUUGGUUUGCAGGAAACAAGAUCACCUUCGUGGAUUUCCUGGCUUAUGACGUCCUCGACCAGCACCGUAUAUUUGAACCCAAGUGCCUGGAGGCAUUCCCUAACCUGAAGGAAUUUAUAUCACGCUUUGAGGGCCUGAAGAAGAUCUCUGCCUACAUGAAGUCCAGCCGCUUCCUUCCAGGUCCGAUGUAUCUAAAAGUAGCCAAGUGGGGCAACAAGUAGGACCAUGUAAUAACUCCACACGGAAGGCGAAUAUCGCCACACCUGCUGGCCAAGGGCCCCAGACACAGCUGGUUCCCUCAAUCCCUGUUCAGUCUUCUCAGUAUGUUUUUCUCCUUUCUAGUCCCUUCUAUUCUAAAGGGCUUAUGGACUCCUUUUCUGUCUUGAGUCCCUCCAUAGACAAGGCUAUUCCCUACUGUACUUCUGCAAAGCUCCCUUGCCCCCUUUCCCUUCCUUAAAUCCAGCCAUACUGUCCUUACUCUGGUUUGAGGAGCCCCGCUGACCCUGAGCUUCGCAGCAGUGCCUGAAAGAUCAGAACCACCUGGUGUGCAGAACAAGUUCUCCAUAUAGUGACUACCCAAGCCCUAAUCUCCUUAAUCUGUUAUUCCUCAUUUGUAUUCUCAGGAUUUUUUUCCAUUAACAUCUCCCACUAUAUAA